CAGUACAGUAGGUAUCGGUAUGCCUGCUUGUUUCUCUCGCGAGAUUUGACAACACCGCGCGGGAACAAGACAGAAGGCCGAGGAAUAAGCAAGAUGGCGUUUUGCGCUGAAGACGUUUUUGCGUUUAUGUUCGUACAAAUAUAUGUCGUUUAAUCGAGUGGAAACCGUUAAUAAUUGUUUUAUAUCCCGGAUACAUUAGUCUGACUGCACUUUGAAGCUCCUCGUGCUUGUUAGUUUAGCUUGUUAGCUUAGCUUGUUAGCUGCUAACAAAGACACGCGGAAGUUAUCAACCAGUCGCUAAGUAGAGAUCAAAUGUGUGUGAAAAGUGUUGUGAUUGUGUGAAAAUGUGCGAAAGAACGGUAGCAGAGUACAAGGGGGAACUUUUUCCAACAACAGAGGAGAACGAGCGACAAAGAACAGACGUCCAGCAGCCCCCACACAUUAAAGAGGAAGAGGAGGAACUGUGGAUCCCUCAGGAGGAAGCAGAUCUCAGCAAGUUCCCACUGACUGUUGUCUCUGUGAAGACUGAAGAGCAUGAAGACAAACCACCUGAGUCCUCACAGCUUCAUCACAGUCCAAAUGUCUGAAGAACAUCUUCUCUCUCAGCAACAAGACUGGAGCUUCAGGAUGGUGGAGGAGGAGUCACUACCCCCUUACUUUAAAGAAGACGACAAGGCACUCACCCCCAAUUUUAAAGGCGGAGAGGAGGUGCCAGAGACCCCAAACUUUAACAAGAAUGUGAAGGAUCCACUGACCCCCAAAUUUAAAAGGAACAGGGAGGAACCACUGACCCCCCACUUAAAAAAACAAGAGGAGGAGCCACAGACCUUCCAUUUUAAAGAAGAAGAGGAGGAACACAGCAUCAGUCAGGAGGGAGAUCAUAUUGAAGGACUGGAGGAUUUUCCAGUGAUUAGUGUCAUUGUGAAGAGUGAAGAUGAUGAAAGUGAAAGUGAAAGUGAGGAGAGGGGAGGGGGGGAGCCUCCAAGCAGCAGCUCAACACAACACAUGACAACAGAAGCUGAUGAAGACCACUGUGGAGGAUCACAAGCAGACGAGCUCUUAGCUCCACUAUCAGAUAGUGAGGACACAACCUCACACUCUCCUGACACUCAUGAUAUCAACUUUAAAGAUGAUAAGACAUGUCACACUGACAACACUCAAUUUAAAUGUUCUCACUGUGACAAAACCUUUAAAAACAGUAGUCAUCUGAAAAGACACAUGAGAACACACACCGGAGAAAAACCCUUUAUCUGCUCAGAGUGUGGUAAAGGUUUUCUACUUGGUCAAAAUUUGAAAGUACAUAUGAGAACGCACACUGGAGAAAGACCUUUUGUCUGUUCAGUCUGUGGUAAAGGUUUUAUCCAAAGUGACAAUUUGAAAAUCCACAUGAGAAUACACACAGGUGAAAAACCUUUUUCUUGCUUAACCUGCGGUAAAGGUUUUACACAAAGUCGGUCUUUGAAAGUACACUUGACAACACACAAUGAAGAAAAGCCUUUUACCUGUUCAGUCUGUGGUAAAGGUUUUAUACAAAGUGACAGUUUGAAAGUCCACAUGAGAAUACACACCGGUGAAAAACCUUUUUCUUGCUCAACCUGCGGUAAAGGUUUUACACAAAGUCGGUUCAUGAAAGUACAUAUGAAAACACACACGGGAGAAAAACCAUAUAUCUGUUCAAUAUGUGGAAAAGGUUGUACAGAAAGUAGCAAUUUGAGAGUACACAUGAGAGUACACACCGGAGAAAAACCUUUUUCUUGUUCAAUUUGUGGUAAAGGUUUUGCACAAAGUUCAUGUAUGGAAAAACACAAAAGAAUACACAGUGGAGAAAAAUCUUUUAUCUGUUCAAUCUGUAGUAAAGGUUUUGCACAAAGUCACAAUUUGAAAGCACACAUGAGAAUACACACCGGUGAAAAACCUUUUAUCUGUAUAAUCUGUGGUAAAAGUUUCGUAGAAAGUAACAAUUUGAAAGUGCACAUGAGAACGCAUACUGGGGAAAAACCUUUCAUCUGUUCAAUCUGUGGCAAAAGUUUUACAGAAAGUCAAUGUUUGAAAAGACACAUGAGAACGCACAGUGGUGAAAAAUCACAUUACUGUUCAAUCUGCAACAGAAGCUUUCGUGAAAAAACAAACCUUGUAGCACACAUGAGAACACACACUGGAGAGAAAGUGUUGAGUUGCAGUGUGUGUGGUGAAAAAUUCUCUUAUAAGUACCAGUGUAGGAAACACAAGUGUGCUGGUGAGAACAGCAGCAGCAAAUGAAACUGCAUGAUUUGAAUGUUGACUUUCUAACAACAUCAGCACAUAAAACAUGUGUGACAUUGUUGUUUGUGUAACAUUCCUUUUAACAGGCUUCUACAUUUAUAAGUUAGAUGGUUCAUGUUAGUGCUUUUUUACAGUCAAGUACAAGUAUUAAUAUGCAACAUUGUGUACUUCUAUUAAACAUUGAACAGAACAAUUUGACUGAAAAGGUGAGAGUAAAAAAUACACAAAAUAUUUUACAUUCAAUAAACAUUUAAUUGGCUCUAAUUUGGACUUUGUAACAUCAGCACAUAUAACAUGUGUGACAUUGUUGUUUGUGUCACAAUCUUUUUAAUAUGCUUCUACAUUUAUACAUUAGGUAGUUUGAAAUAUUGAAGUAUUACAUAUUUUUAUUUUUAAUUGUUAAUGAUUCCAUAGAUUAGCACCUUUAUAUGAUAUACAUAUGUACUGGUUCACAUCUGAAACAUAUUAUUUACUUUAUCCAUCAUUGGAACAGUUUGUCUUUUAUACAACUUUAAAAUGUGUGAAUUUAUUAUUAUUCAUGUUAUUAAUUAUCUGUAUUACUCUCUUUUGUAAUAUGAUGAUUGUGUUGUGAUUAUUGUACAUGUAUGUCCCCAGACCUUUAUGCAAUAUAAAAGUGAGAGAAAAUGGCUGAA